AGGUGAACCAGGAACUGGGCGAGAUCGGUGGUGUCUUUGUCUCCAAGCAGCCCUCCGACACUGACAUGGGCGCCAAAGAACCCAAGACCAUUUUGCUCAAGGGCAUUUUCUAUGGCAAGGUUGUCAAUGCGUGAGCAUCAGACACCCAAAACCAAGCCACCAAGAUGUCCCUUGUGCAGAAAAUGCAGUGCACAGCUCAAGAGCCCAGAUGUUUGGAAUCUAAACCUGUUUGGUUCUGUAGCUGUAGCUGUCACAGGCCGAUUUCUUUUGAGAGCAAGUCCGAACCACAUCGAUGUGUCUUGAAAACUGCGAUUUUUGUUGCAAUCAAUAUUGCCCGAACAGCGCUAUUUGGCACAACUGGUAUUUUGCUCAAGUUUUUUCUGCUUUGAGUUUUUGCCAAACGGCCACACCAUGGCUCGUGGUGCAGUGGUGGGUGUACUUUUCGCGGCAGCUGCCUUCGGAAGCUGCUUCCUUGGUGGGGUGCCCACCCAGCCGCCGCGUGCGCCAACAACUCCAAACCAUGCGGACUCCUUGGCAGCACCACUGCAGACUGAGAACAGCGAGAGCACCUACUCCUGGGCUCCGCCUCUCUUGAGCUUCGGUGCUGCUUUGGGUGUGAUUUUCGGUCUUGUGGCAGCCCAGCCUGCAAAGGCCAUCACUGCUGAGCAGUUCAGCCAGCUAACUUACAAUCAGGUGAGGGGCUCUGGCUUGGCCAACCGCUGCCCCACUGUGGAAUCCAACGGCUCUGAGGUGCCUGUGAAAGCUGGCUCCAAGCUGAUCAACGUGUGCUUCGAGCCCAAGUCUUUUGCUGUUGAGAUCGACACUGACAACGGCAAAGAGUUUGCCACAACCAAGCUGACCACACGUCAGACCUACACACUGGCUUUCGUCGAGGGCACUUUGGAUCCCAACCCAAUCACCUUCAAGGAGCAGGAUGGCAUGGACUUCGCAGCUACCACGGUGAAGCUUCCAGAUGGUGAGUACGUCCCUUUCCUCUUCACUGUGAAGGAGUUGGUGGCCAAGGGUGAGGG